AUGCUACUCAUCGUCAAAGCGUCCGGGAGCGACAAAUCAACAAGUGUUAUGGUGGAUAACGGCUGCACCAUACUCCAAGCAAAAGAGUUAAUCGGAAAUCAUAUUGGGCUUCCCCCUAAAAAUUUGAGCCUAUGGUUAAGAAUUCCUGAUGGUGAUGAAUUUCAGAGCGCAAAGCUCGCUGACGUCACGAUAGCCGAGGGAUGCACUCUACAAGCUAGCUUCAAGUUCGAUCUUUCGAUAAACUCAACAAUAUCCGAAAAUGAUAUUGAUGUUAUUAAUGAUGAGGACACACAAGCACAGGCCAGUCUGACAGAAUCUAUAGAGGAGAUUUCUGCUCCUCUGCUUCCUGAUCUCGUUGAAGUGCCGUCUUUCUCCAUUUCAAACAGAAAUGACAUAUCCCCUAACAUUAUUUCAACCUUAUCGGUACCACAAGUUCAGCCAAGUGUCACAACAGUGUCGUCAUUGAUAUCUCCAAGUGUACCUGCUCCAAAAGAAAUACUGGCACCAUCACUCAUACAAUCUACAAAUAGAACAUCACCAUCGCCAAAUCCUGACACUGUAGCUUCAUCUAAUUUAGACGUGUCUAGCGUCAGUUCUCAGUCGUUUGUUGAUGUCACUACCAAUAAUAAUUUCCCACCAAGCUAUGUUAGAGGGAGUAUUGAGAUUGAUGGACCCCCUCCUUCUUUCGAUGAAAUCCAUCUUUCAUCGCCAUAUGGUGAAGCCACUAGCUCUCUGCCUCCUACAUAUGAACAGUCAACUUCUACUAAUGUUUCAAGGACUACUUCGCGUCGCUCUUCUUCUGCGAUCACCGAAAUUCCUCCGGUCCACAAUUUGAUUGUAUGGUACAACAAUAUCCCAAUUGUUGUUUCUCUUGAUCAAGAAAGUCUGAUCGCUUCUAUCCAGAGGCAGUUAAUUAAUAAGGUUGGGUGUCCUUUGGAGAACCAGAUUUUGAAAGACUCAGAAGGAAAUAUAUUAAACCACAAUGAUAAAUUAAGCAGUAUUGACUCUGCCCAUUUUUUUCUAACCAACUCUGCUUCAGAGGGUAGUAAUGAUGGAGAUAUCCCUCUAAAAAUUCGGGUGAUUCGUGGCGGCAACAAAAUUCACACUGUGACGGUUUCUUCACUACAAGAGACCGUAGGCUUUUUAAAACGCAAAUUGAUCCCAAUUUCUUUAAAUAAUAUAGAAGCCCAAAAGUUAGUAUUUAAGGGCUCAAUAUUGAGUAACGAAAGAGCCUUAUCAAGCUAUAAGAUCAAAAAAAAUGACGAAAUAUUGCUAUUUACUCUUAAUUUUGGUACAAUAGGGUACAGUGCAUAUAAUAUCAAGGUUGACUUAUAUUACUUCCCAAACAACAGGAAAGUUACUACGGGAUUGAAAGCAAGUGAGGAUAAAUUAAGUGAUUUGAUUAAAAAAGCGAAAGAUAAUGGUGCAUUGUCAGCUUUUGCUGUCAAAAUUUGGUUCAAAGGAAAGGAAGUUGUGGCAACAGAAGAUCAAACAUUAAAAGCCCUUGGUAUCGGUGAUGGAUCUAGUUUAUUAGUUCAGGCAGUAUGA